AUGAAUUUUAAUAAAGGAAUAAGACUGGGAAAAGUAAAAAGCCAUCAUCUCUAAGAUCGAAACAACUCCACUGUCAGGUGGCUCAAAACAACUCCGUUUUCAUUUAGAAGGGACGAGAAGGAGCUUUAUAGACGCCGACUGUAAAUAAUACCCUUAGAUACAAAACAGGUAGCCACCUGAGUGUGCGAUCAUAAGGUCAGGCUUUGAUUCAGUUUAUCGCUGUAUACACAGCUUUACCCAGAGUCUAGUUAUAUCUCAAAAGUCUAAAAUUUUCAUGAUUGCUGGAUAAUUGUAUAAUAUUUUCUGCUACGGAAACUCUCUGGCAAGAUGCAGUUUAGGCUCAAGUUUUGGGUUCUCUGCCUAUUGGCUUUAUUGUUGGUCGCCCACUGGGUUGAAUCGAAGAAAAAAUCAAAAGGGCACAAGAAGUCAGGAGUGAAAAAGUCAGAAAACCAAAAGACUAGUAAAAUAGAGCAAAAGAAAAGCAAACCAGCAAUUACUAGGCCAAGUGAGAAAUUUAUUGAUGACGAUAAAGAUAAAGAAAAGAUGAAAAUUGCCGGAAAAAUAGGGAAAAAGAAGAAUAAAGGAAAGAGUAAGAAAAAGCAGGAGAAAAAACAUAAAAAGAAAACAUCUCAUGCAAAAAACACUGUUACGUUGUCAGGCAGGCCAAAAGAAUUAAUUCCAGAAGAUAUAAAAAUUCUGCGAAAACAUGAACAAAUAUCGGCUGAUAGUCUUCCGGGUGGAUAUGGUGAAGAUCCAACUAUUGGGGAAGAGGUUGAGCAAAAGAAGAAGCCAGAACGAGCGACUAUUGCUACAAACAAAGUUGUAUCCAAAAACCCGUCAUCAGCUACUAUUUUGAAAACAAAAUCGGACAAGACCGCCAAGAAGAAAAAGACUAAAAGUCUAAAGAAGAUAUCAAAGGAUGUUCUGAAAAAGCAAGCAAAAAAAUUCAAAAAAGAAGAAAAUAAAAAAUACUCCAAAGAUGAUGGGAAAAAAGUUCCCAAAAAGGAAGCUAUUGUUUCUCCAUUUGAGAAAUUCCAAAAAUUGGCAAAGCAAAUUGACGAGAAAGUUCGCAAUUUGAAACAAAAAGUAGAUGGUAGCGCUCAAGUGAAGGCUUUGAAGGCAAAAGACAACGCCCAGGCUGCUACAAAGCCACAACAGUUGGCAGAACCAGUUGCUAAAUCAUUGCCAGCACAACCACUACCUGAACUUGAAGGAUCUGGCUCCGGGAGUGGCAGCGGUUCAGGCGAUGCAGAAUCAAAAUCACUGCUCCCUCUCGGUUUCAACUGUCCCUGGGGAUGCUUCUGGAACUGCCAUCCAUACUGUCCAUCAAAAUGUUGCCACAAUCCAUUGGGCUGUCCUAAAUCUUGUGAAAUGCUUUGCGCGCCAGAAUGCCCAGACAAGUGCUGCCCUGAAGGAACAAAACAUCUCAUGCCACUUACCUUGAAGUUCAAUCCAGGAAAGCCAGAAGACUCUGUACAAAGGAACUCAGCGCCUAUGCCGCCUCCAGGACAAUCCCCGAUGGGCCAGCCAGGUAUGGGACAACCAGGUAUGGGACAACAGCCAGGUCAAGCACCUCAGCAGCCUCUGACCUUAGCUCAAAUGGGACCUGAACAACAAGCUGCCACCAAAACAAAAGCAAAGAUGAUUAUGGACAACAUUGCCAUGAUGGCACAACGAGUCGCAGGAUACCCAACUGACUGCCCGAUAUUUUGUCCGAAAUUAUGCGUUCCACCAUCGUGUCCACAGCACUGUUGCAGUCCAAUACCGCCACUACCACCGAUGGUUCCACCACCAAUGAUGCCAUGCGCUCCUCAAUGUACGCCGCCAGCUUGUGCACCAGCCUGUCCACAGCAAUGCUGUAUGCCACCACCACCUCCACCGCCAAUGCCCUGUGCACCUGCAUGCACUCCCCCCGCCUGUGCACCCAGCUGUCCACCAACCUGCUGUGCACCACCACCACCACCACCGCCACCUCCACCACCACCUCCACCGCCAAUGCCUUGUGCACCUGCGUGCACCCCACCCGCCUGUGCCCCAGCUUGCCCACCAAGCUGUUGUGCCAUGGGUUGAUAACAACUUGAUUAAGAACUUCAAGAUAUGCAAUUUUAUUGUACAGAUUUCUGUAAUAGCAUAUUUAUCAGUCUUUGCCUGUGCUGCAUCGUGAGCAUAUAGUGCAAACCAUGUAUUUAAGGUAGCUUAAUGAAUAUAUUUCAGUGUAUAUUUAUCUGUCUGUAUGAGAAAUUUGUAACAUCAGAAAGGUGGAUGAGGAAUCCCGUUGGCAAUACAACCAACAUAUCCUCGAUAAGCAACGCUUCAGUGAAUCUCUAAGACUUUGCGUAUGAUUUAUGCAUAUUUUCUCUUGCAAUUACGUAAAAAAAGGAACACCAUCACACCUACACGCAAGGAUACAUUGACAUUAGCCAUAAAGUUAAAUUCAAAGUCCCUUUGUAGAAUAAGCAUCAUAAAACCAAAGACGGAAAUUUUUGAAAAAGGCUGCAUCUCUGGAUGUCGAGAUUAAACCAAUGCUAGAUAUAACACUUAGAUGAAAUUAGAACCUUUAGAUAUAUCUAUUAAACCAGGAAAUGCUUAGUGUUUUGUCCCCAGUAUGACCGAGACAAAAUAGUCCAUAUUGUGAUAAAUUUAUUCAAAAAUUGAUUUUGACUGACAUACUAUUUGUUGUAGAAAUUUGCAUUUUGUUUGUUAUACAAGGAUAAAACGUUGUAAAAUAAUUAUACAAGAGAAAUCUGUAGUGUA